UUUGGCAAACUAAAUUCUUCCGUAAAUGGGGAAAGUGGUAACAUGUUGAAGGCAAAGAUUUUAGUUGUUGGACCAUGUGAGAGUGGGAAAUCAGUGAUUUCCAACUUCUUGGCGGAUGCAACGGAGACAUCUGGAGGAGAGUACCAUCCCACUCAAGGAGUACGGAUUCUUGAGUUUGAGAGUGGUAGUAAUCAGAUGGGAGCUCGAUCCUCAACAGCUGAAGUGGAAUUAUGGGAUUGCAGUGGAGACCAAAAGUUUGAUGAGUGCUGGCCGGCCAUCAUGAAGGAUGCCAAUGGUGUAGUCAUAGUAUACAACCCUGAUGUCCCCACGCAUGAGAGAGAACUGGACAUGUGGUACAGUCACUUUGUUGUCCAGCAAGCUCUGCGUGAGGCGCAGUGCCUGAUCAUGGGCCAUCACAAACCAUCGGCCAAAUCUUCAUCCACUGUGGAAAUACCCUCCUCCAUGUCCAAAGUGCAUCACAUCCAGACCAAUCUUGAGGAGGAUGCGGAGGGAAUCAGGAGGGAGUUCAAUCGGUUCCUGGGCAAGUUACUGGGUGGCAUGAGCCGCAAGCAGGACCAGGAGGAACUCAGUAUCAUACAGUAGAAACAAUCAAAUCCUUGAAGUGAAGACUCUCAAGAUUAUUACCAGUUCUCUAUGAUCUGGGGUCCCCACUCAGGGGCUGUUGGCAUAAAGGAGCUCCUUAGUGUUGGCAACCUAUUGAGUACCCCCUACAGGCAUUUUUUUUUUUAGUCUCACGAUUUGGCCUUGGUGAUAUGAAUGUGGCCUGUUUUCGAGUUGUAUAAUAGGGGUGUAGGUGGCACCACCAACGUCAAAAUAGGUUGCCCCUUAAAAAAAAAAAAAAAAAAAAAAUUUCUGCGGCCAAAAAUUUUGGGCAAAAUUUUUGGGAAAAAAAUGCAACUUUUAACAAAUUUGUAUAAAAAAAAAAAGGUGAGCCCCCACAAACCAAAUCCUGGGUGCGCCACCCCCUUCAGGAAAUAAGUCCCCCAGGUGCCCCGUUUGAAUUUGGUACCCAGUGAUGCCACGGAUGAUCAGUAUUAAAAUUUGUAAAACCCAGACCUGUAUUAAAGGAUGAUCAGAACCUUCCCCAAAACCUACAGCAGUCAAGAGCACCGAACUCAUGUUCAGGUGUUCCAGAGGCAAGAGUGACGAGGGUUCGAGCCCGGGCGCGGACACUUGUGCCCUUAAGCAAGGCACUGAACCAUUCUUGCUUCGUCCUUCGGAUGGGACGCAAAGCCGUAGGUCCCGUGUGUUGUAUAAGGCCUAACGCACGUAAAAGAACCCAGUAACGCUUAUUGCUAAGAGAAGGGGUUCGCCCUGGUGUUUCUUGCAGGAAGGAUAUGUAUACCCUGCCCGUGUGACCCCUGAGAAGGGGUGUUGGUGCAGUAUUCAUCCAGACCCCUACAAUUAGGGUCACAGCUAACGAUUAUUGACUGCUGUGAUGUGGGAUAUGACGUUUUUAACACCCGAGGGGCGCAUAAAAAUGGCAUAUCCCACAUUACAGCAGUCAAUAAUUGUUUUGUUAUAUCGUGCCAAUAAAUCAAAAAGAUAAAUGGUUGUAACUUUAUGUCUGAGAAAUGAAUUAAAUCACUGCGAUGUAACCUUUGAUAACUGAAGGUUUCGAUGUCCUGCCGGACAUGAGACUGAGCGUUUGGCAGUGCAGAUCUCAUUGCGCAAAGCUAGCGGAUCGGCAGGUUCCACAAGCGUGCCCAACGCGCGCAAUAAACGCAGUGUGAUAUCACCCUCAGUGCGUGACAUACAUUUUUAUUGUCCAGACACGUGGCCGUCCUAGGCCAAUGAAAUUACAGUAUCUAAGCACACAAUACAACAAUAUUGAUUAGUCUGUCAGUGCUCAUAUAUGAAUUCCUUAGGUUUUUUGUUCCCAAACCCAUGGACUCUGUGCAUAAGAACCCCCUCCCAAUGGUUUACAAAAGUGAGUUAUCUAGCCCUAAUGUUCAAGGGCGCUAGUCAGAAACCAUGAACCCAUUACAUGCCAUGUAGCCAGGGAUCACGACCAAUGUCACGAUGCUAGCAAUGUUUGCAGUGCUGCCAUGAACCCAUUACAUGCCAUGUAGCCAGGGAUCACGCCCAAAGUCACGAUGCUAGCAAUGUUUGCAGUGCUGCAAACCUUUGUGCUUUAAAACUGCUAACAGUUAACAGUUGAAAGAUUAUGAAAGUAGUUUAUUGAGCGGGCAAUAUAAUGAACAAGGGCAGUCCUGUGCCUUCAUCCCAGUGGUUAUCAGACAUGGUGCAGGCACUACAUGCACUGCUCAGUCUUUUGGUUCAUAAUAAUCCUCCCGUUGUAGCUUGAGAGACUUGUAAAUAACCAAACCUGUGUGGUUUUUCAUUUUAAUUAGGAAAGGAUAACAUUUUAGAUUUUAUCCAUUUGUAUAUCUUGUUCGCAAUAAAAUAAUUGUGUAAAUUAUAAAUUUGUCAUCAUUUUUCAUUAGGCAAGUGAAAGGAUUUUGUUGUACCUUUCUACUAGCAGUUCUCCAAAAGGGCAACCGUUAUUUAUUGAACCUAGAUUUUGUCUCUGAUGAAAUGUUUGUAACAUUUAUGACUUGAAUGUGGAUAGUAUGUAGUAUAUCCUACAGUAAAUGU